AUGCUUGGUGCUGUAGCUUUUAAACCAUUAUCUAAACGGUUUCGAGUACAAUCAUUUAUGUUUAUGAAACCACCAGAAGAAUAUGUCGAGCCAAGUGAGAAUGUUGUUUUAUUACCUCAAACACCAUCGUAUGAUCUUAAACUGAAACAACCUCAAACGACAUCAGAAUAUUCUGGUGGAAUCGAUAAUAAAAGCACAUCAAUCAAUACAGGCAAUGAUUAA